GUACUUUAAAACGAUCAAAAAGUAUGUUCAGUGUAUUUGCUAUAAACCAUUUUAUAGCAAAUGGUAAAUGACCAAUACCAAUCGAAUAAACGAGCCGGCGACUGUCGGCCUCUUUCAACACGAACCACCAAGCGAGUAACAUCUCUUCUACAACAGCUCCGAAACCCAUCAAGUAUUAUUACACUUAUCUAUUAAUCAAUCGUUCCUCCGCGAGUAUCUCCGUUCGGUUCCGUCUACCUCAGUCGCUCUUGCCGGUUAUAAUAUUGGCGACGAGGAAAAUCUACGAAAAGUGCGCGUGUGAGAAAAAAAAAGUGCUGUUCCCCGGGCAAUUGCCAGAUAGACUUUCUUCGCUGGGAGUGUGCAGUUUUGCCUCCGGGGCGAAGCGCGAUUUAAACAGCAGCGGUACAAAAAGUUUAGACUGGUUGCAGAGCAGGUGGUAGAUAUCGGAACAUUUCCGACUGGGAUUUUCCGGAGAAGCGAUAGCGGCGAUUGCCGGCGGACAGGUUUUCCCCUUUGAAACUUAAGUCCGCGGAAGGGUAUUUACCGGAGCACAAUAAAUUUUCGGGUUUGGUAUUAUUGGAUUGUGGUAAGUUGUGUGGUGAUAUUGUUUCCGUGAUAUUGUUUCUUUUAUUUGAAAUUCAUAUUUAAAUAGUGAGAAAAGUGAUUUUUUUAUUUUGGUAUACAUUGCUCGUGAAAAAGUGCAUUGUGUUGAGUAACAAUUAGACAAAAGGCCGUUUAUCGCAUUAAUGGCGGAUACGCCUUAAAUUGAGACGGUUUUGAUAAAUUUAUUUGUUGAAUUUUUUUCGAUUUUAUUUUUCUGAUGAUCAAUGGAAGUAUGUUGCUUUUGAUAAAUUGUGCGCAAAUUAUUUAAAACCAAUUGAAAUAUUUAAUUUAGGGUGCUUAUAUGGUACCAUUUUAACAAAUUAUUUUGAAACAUUUAUCCGAAUUAUUUUGGGUUUAUUAUUUUAUAAAAUUUUAAUUAUUGGUUGGUUUUAAUAGCUAUAGAAAUCAUGGCGUACGUAGCAUCAAACAUCGAUCUGUACCGUAAGGGACAAUCUUUUUCAUCAUGGUUUAAGCGGUUAGGGUACCAUUUUCGUAUCAACAAAGUAGCAGAUGCCGACAAAAAAGACCAUAUGUUCCUUCUUGGAGGUGAUUAUCUUUUCGAAGUGGCUCAGAAUUUGUACUUUAGUGAGCGGUUGCUUGAUGAAGCACCACUUGAAGAGCUAAUCGAAAAACUUAAGCGAAAAUUGGACAAAAUGGAUUCAGCCUUAAUCCAACGUUUCAAAUUUGAGUCCCGAGUACAACAGUCUGGUGAAACAGCCAGUGAAUUUCUUUUUUCGCUUAAACUCCAAGCUGAGUAUUGUAAUUACAAGAGUGAUAAACAGGAUCGUAUACUUGAUCGCGUACUCAUUGGCUUGUCGGAUGACGCUUUGAGACAAAAGUUGUUAGCGGAAGAUGGGGACAAAUUGAAUCUAGCUCAAGUUGAGAAGAUUAUAUCGACAUGGGAGUUAGCUGCUUCUAAUGCAAAAACAUUAACACAUGAUCAUUCUUUUGAACAAAUCGCUUCUAUUGUUGGAAGCCGAGAUAUUUUUUUGCAACGCAUGGCAGAUUCAGUUCAUGGUUGUGGCCCAAUGAAGCGCCGUUUAGGCUACAGAUAUUCCUCAGCGGUUGGGGAGCGCAAUGCAAAGCCAUACUAUAGACACAACAAUCGGGUCGACAAUUGUUCACAGUUCAAACAAGUGAGGUCUCAUCAGGAUCAGCAUCGCAGACAUCAGGAUGCUCUGGUUCGCCCAGGGGAACUGAAGAAUGAGAGCCGAAUCGUUAUCGACCGAAGAGUGUGCUACUAUUGUGGAGUUCGAGGACAUGUUCGAAGGAGAUGCCCGAAGCUGGAACAAUUCAAGAUGGAUCCAAUCAACAACAUCAACUUAGAAACAACUGGUACGAAUACGGACGAUGAUUUGUCGAGUAUGAUGAAUAGUUGGGAAGACAAAAGUGACAAUUUGGAUCCAGGAGAAUUACAGUGCAUGCAUGUUUCCUCCAUUAACAAAAGUCAUCCAUGUUUAUUAGAACUAGAUAUUCAAGGCAAUAAUGUGCAGAUGGAGAUGGAUAGUGGCUCUGACGUUUCCGUGAUUGAAAAAAAGCCUUUUUUGGCUAAUUUCGAUGUUCCCCUACAGAAAAGUUUUGAAAUUUAA